GACAGUGUAAAGUGGGUUUGCUAAAGAAUCAUCUUUAUGGCCACGACCCACUACUUGUCUUGUGCCCAUUGCACUUCUCCUUUGCUCUCUUAUCCCCUUCCCCUCAUCUAUAUAUGUAAUCCCACAUCGGUUUCUCUUGUGGGGUUUGAGUGUUUCUGCAGUUUGGAGCAGAAGAUGGAGAGAAGAGGUGGCAGUAUCAGACUCUGCAUUUUGGCUCUCUAUGUCUCUUUCUUGGUCAUUUCUUCAUCUCAUCACUGUGAUGCGAAGAGGGCAAUGCGGACACUGAGAGGUUCCAAGCAUAGCAGUUUGAUCAAGAAGUUGAAUGUGAAGCGUUUGGAUGGCGAUGUGUCGAUGUUGGAUUCAAGGAAGACGAAUACGCAACCUUAUGGUGUGAGUUCGCCAUUCUCUUUGCCACCCUUUGAUUCUCUAGGUCCUAUUCCGUUGCCGGAUACUGCUCCUCCGUUUUGUAUAUAUCCACCUUCUACUCCACAACCACCUUCUACUAUUGUUCCUACCCCUAUUGGAAUCACACCACCCUUCUAUUUUCCACCCGUCGUUCCCAUCCAAGGUCCACCUCCAAGCCCAGUUGGUGUCAUCCCGGGCUCGCCUGAGUAUACUCCGAACCCUAGUCCUCCAGAGGCAUUUCCCGGUCCAAACCCUAAUCCACCCGUGAUCUUUCCCGCUCCGAACCCUAAUCCACCUGAGACGGUUCCUAGCCCGAAUCCUAAUCCACCUCAGAUUGUUCCUAGCCCGAUCGUUGUCUUUCCUGGGCCCCCGGAAUUUACACCCGCUCCACCUUCACCCAACCCACCUUUCUAUGAGCCCAGCCCACCCAAUUAUAGGCCUUCACCUGGUGGUCCUGGCGGAUUUGUUCCAAGCCCACCUCAUUAUGUUCCUACGCCUAGAGGGCCCGGUGGGCCUGGUGGGUUUGUUCCAACCCCACCAUUUCAACCGCCGGUGGUGUUUCCUCCGCCUACCGUCCCACCACCUCCACACAAGGGCCCAAACUUCCCCUUGUGGUGCGUCGCGAAGCCAACGGUGCCCGACCCGAUCAUCGAAGAGGCUAUGAACUAUGCGUGUGGGUCGGGAGCGGAUUGCGCUUCAAUUGGGUCCAGUGGGUCAUGCUUUCAGCCCGACACACUAUUUGCUCAUGCCUCGUAUGCUUUCAAUAGCUAUUGGCAAAGGACUAAGGUGGCUGGUGGCACAUGCGAUUUUGGAGGAACCGCCAUGCUAGUCAGCGUUGAUCCAAGUUAUGAUGGGUGCCAUUUCAUCUAUUUAUGAUGAUUGAAGACAAGACCCUGUUUGGGAGGCACCACCCUUUCUCAUUUUCCUUUCAAGUUACAAACAAAUAAACAUAAAUUUUGCAACUAAACUUAGAUUAUUUUUUUUCAAUUAUGUGAUUUAGGUGCUAGGGUUUUGGAGGGAUUCUUCUUCUACAUUUGGGAUCCGUUAUCAAAUGUAUAAGCUGCUUGGCAGCAUUUCUGAACAAAAUGUAUUAAUAAUAACUUGGAUUAGGGUACACAUAUAUUAUUUAAGCAUGAAUUUUAUUUUAUUUU